CCAGUAAUAAAAAUCGGCCUUGGGGGUUUAGAAAAAGGACUGAACUCCCUUCAUCCCUGUCUCAAGUGCUUCCUCGAAGAGGCGAGGCUCUGAGAGUUUAGACCUAAGUGAUGAUGGACUCCUCCUUCACAUCGUCGGCGGCAAUGGCCCAGAAAACCUGGGAGAUUGAGAACAACGUCGAGAUUAUGGACUUGCCGCCGACGUCGGCGGACUCCUCCGCCUCGGCGUCUUCGGACGCGAUCUUUUACUACGACGAGACGGCGCAGACCAAGUUCCAGCAGGAGAAGCCCUGGACCAACGAUCCCCACUUCUUCAAGCGCGUGAAGAUCUCCGCCCUCGCGCUCCUCAAGAUGGUCGUGCACGCGCGCUCCGGUGGUACUAUUGAGGUCAUGGGCCUUAUGCAGGGGAAAACCGACGGCGACGCCAUCAUUGUGAUGGAUGCUUUCGCUCUUCCCGUCGAGGGCACUGAGACUAGGGUUAAUGCCCAGGCUGAUGCUUAUGAGUACAUGGUCGAGUAUUCCCAAACCAAUAAACAGGCUGGGCGGUUGGAGAAUGCUAUUGGCUGGUAUCAUUCUCAUCCUGGUUAUGGAUGCUGGCUCUCUGGCAUUGACGUUUCUACGCAAAUGCUAAACCAGCAGUUCCAGGAGCCCUUUCUGGCUGUAGUUAUUGAUCCAACAAGAACUGUAUCUGCCGGGAAAGUUGAGAUUGGUGCAUUCAGAACGUAUCCAGAAGGAUAUAAGCCGUCUGAUGAACCAGUGUCCGAGUAUCAGACGAUCCCCUUGAACAAAAUUGAAGAUUUUGGAGUGCACUGCAAGCAGUAUUACUCUUUGGACAUCACAUACUUCAAAUCUUCUUUGGACUCUCAUCUUUUGGAUCUCUUGUGGAAUAAGUAUUGGGUGAACACACUUUCCUCUUCCCCUUUACUUGGAAAUGGAGACUAUGUUGCAGGGCAGAUUUCAGAUUUAGCUGAAAAGCUAGAGCAAGCUGAGAACCAACUAUCACAUUCAAGGUUUGGACCACUAAUGGCUCCUUCUCAAAGGAAAAGAGAGGACGAAUCUCCACUUGCUAAGAUAACUUGUGACAGUUCAAAGAUAACAGUUGAGCAGGUUCAUGGGCUAAUGUCACAGGUUAUCAAGGACAUGCUUUUCAACACCGUUCGUCAGUCAAACAAAUCUCGGGCAGUGUCUUCAGGCCCUGAACCUAUGGUUGAGACGUGAACUUGGUUUAACGCCCAUUUUUUUUUGUCUGGAUCUUGUUCUCUCUUUCUCUCGUUUAUUGAAGAUGUAGGCUUUUUGGUGGUCUCUGAUAUACAAGUUUGGUCAGCUAAGAAUAGAUGCAAAAUUGUGUAAUUUUCAUGGCAACUCCUAAACCAGUCUUAAUGUGCUUUCAAUGCGAUUGAAGUUCGCCUUCCCCACACGUGUAGUUCUAUUUACUACUUUAAGGGUGUGUUUGGAUGGAGGAGUUUGGUUGGGAAUGCUUUGGAUAUAGUUUUACAGUACCAAACUUGUUUGGUGAGCUUUAAGGUGUUUAGAGAAACAUAAUGUAUCCCCUUGUUUGGUUUGGGAUUUGAGAUUGUCUGGCUAAUCUCAUGUUAACGCCCAAGUAGUAAAAUGAGGUAAUGUUG